AAUCUUUCAAACCUUCAAUGCAUAUGGCAUUAUUAAACCGACAUGGCACUACAAAUAAAACCGUGGAACAUCUCUAUACAAAAAUAAAAUAAUAUAUGAAAAUAAAUAAUAUAUAAAUAAUUCUUUCUGAUAUUGAUUCCUUACAAUCCAGAUAAUUACAAAUUUACACUAGCUGGCUUGGUUCAUGAAUGAUUUCUGACAAAAAGUAUUCGCUUAUAAUUUACAUUUAGAAUUGUAAAUUUUGUUUUGUUGUAUAGACAACAGUAUCUGAUUAAAUCCAUAACGUAGCUUAAUCCGGUAUUAUACGGAAGGUUCCUUAAUACACCCAACUGCAACUAGUUUGAAAUUAUAACCUAAAUGACCUGUUAUGUCUCCAUGUCCGUACAAAAGAACACCCCAAGGUUCCUUCCUCGUACUUUCCUCAUCAUUCUCAGAUCUGCCUCCUCUCCAAUCUAUACAUUACAUAUAUAUUGAGCCUCCCUAAAAUUUCAGUAAAUCCUAAUCACAAACCUAUUUCCUUUGAAUUUCCUCACUUUUUCUUGUGAAUCAAGCAAAACACCCUUUCUAGGUUUCAAUCAAAUGGCGCAAAUGGACUUGGAAGGUUUGAGAGAGUUACAAGACUGCGCAAACUACCUCCUCGAUCACUGUCCAGAAGCAAGAGAGUCUCUGUGCCAACAAGGGAAGGAGAAAUGGAUCGAGCAAGUCUCUGAAGCUUCAGUAACAAUGUUAGACGUAUGUAACGUGUCGAAAGAUGUCAUGACACUCGUGAGACAUAGCCUGAAAGAGCUUCAACUCACUCUACGCUGCAACGAAUCAAACAUGCACGUGAAGAUCGCAGCGUAUAACAGGCACAGGAACAAGCUCAAGAAGGAGACACUCAAGUGCUUGAACACUCUAAAGAGUAUUAAAGGGGGAGGAAGAGGGACGUUGGUGAUGCAGAGGAUAGAGCAGAACCUUCUGUUUGUUGCAGAGGUUUUGAAAGAAGUGAGAAGAGCUAUUGUGACUAUGGUUGAGUCUCUGUUCUCGCUUGUGUGUAUUCCUUGGCUCGAGACAAAACAGAGCAAAAGGUCAAUGUCUUCAAUCUUUACGAUGAGGUUUUGCUGUUUGGAUGAUGUGUGGGACGAAAUAGCGGUGCAGAGCGCGAGUACAAGGUUGGAGGCUGCACAGAUCGCUGUUGAGGAGCUUGAGAUUGAGUUGGGGUGUAUUUUCCGGCGGCUGAUACAGACCAGAGUUUCACUUCUUAAUAUUAUUACAGCUAAGAUGUCUUCUGUUUGAUUUUACUUCUGGUAGACAAAAGCUGUAUAUACCUGUAAGAAUUAGAAUGAUUAGAAAAGACCAGAAGACAUUAUCAUCUUAUAAAGUUGUGAACAUAAAUCAAUUCAGAGAGUAACAAACACAUUAUUAUAAGUGGAUGUUAGUGGAGCUGAAUUUGUAAUGAUUGUCAAAAAUAUUAAAUUUUUAUGAUUGUUGGUCUAUAGAUUGAAUAAUUAUUGGUUUUAUCUUUGUUCAAUUAUAUAAAUAUAGUUAUUCAAAAA